GCCAAGUUUAUUAAAAGCGCAGAACUCGUGAGCUACGGACGUGUUUCUGCUACGCUCGAGCGCCUCGCGCAUAUCUAAUCAUCAUCUCGGUGUCUCCAAGUUUCGGUCACAGUCUCCGUCUCAGUCUCCGUCUACGGCUCCGGCUCAUCUCCGAGUCAAUCACAGUUUCGGUCUCGCUCUCGCUCACAAAACGCGGCUUCUCUCGCGCCUUCACUCUCACUCUCACACACAGUGACUGCGAAUCGUGAAAUCGUGUCACAAUUGAUUUGAAAUUUGUGUGCAAGAAAAAAUAAAUACGAGAAAGAGAGAAAAAAAAAAUUAAUAUUACAUAUUAUUUGUAUUUGGCAAUAAGUCAGGCAUUUUGGUGUGCACGCCGGCGUCAUCUCUUGCUGUCUGCUCUGUGUGGAUUUUGUCAUCCUCGCGACAACAGCUUCGACUUGAUCAUUGUUAUUCCGCCUACGCGCGCUAAUUAUUCCUCGCGGCUCUUUUUUGGGCAAUGCCCCAUUCUAAAUAAACCAACCGAGCAAUAACAAUAACUAUAGCACAAUAUAUAACAAACAUAUUUUACUUUUGAAAAUUCCCAAAUCUAAAAUGCACGCGCGUAAUUCAAACUCGAGGCUGCGCAGUCGCAGCGCUGCUGGCGUCACUGCUACCGUUACAUUUGCGCUGCUGCUAACAUUGGCGCUACUGCGGAUCGACAUCGCUGCCGGCAGGCCUGAUGUUCGACCAUCGCCAUUUGCUUUAGAGUUGCAACCGCCUUUGCUUGAGCCAGCUGGCUCCGAGGGAACCGAGGGGACAUUCAAUGGUAAAGGCGGUGAACGGGCCAUCGAUAGCUAUGGCAAUCCCAUCGAUGCACUGCGUCCCAUCGAUACGCCCGAUGGCCGCAAAGUGGUCAGUGCCCAGGGCGUUCAAUUCGAGAUACCCAAUUAUGCGUCGGGCAUCACAGAGAUACGAAAGCCGGCCGAUGAUCUGCUGCCACCGCACAUUGAUGCCAUAGCGGUGGCUCAGCCCACUCCGGACGACAACGACACCGACAACAACAACAGUCCCUCAUUAGCACCAGCACCAGCAUCAGCAUCAGCACCAGCACCAGCCACAUCACUAACACCACCCGAACAUGAAUCAUCGAGUGACACCGAAGUGGAGGUGGAACAGGCGCAGCUUGUGCCGCUCGAGCAGCAGGAGGAGAGCGCUCUCUCGCCACAACUCACCAGCGGCACUCUGCCCGACUAUCUGCUCGAGCUGCAGCGCGAGGAUCCUAACAUUGAUGGCCCCGUGCCCUGGUUGCUCUCGCCCAAUGGCACGCCUCUGUCGGUGAUUGCCUGGGAUCUGUUGCCACCACUGCGCGAGACGGUGGAGGAGCCAGUGAUCAUCACGGAGCAGCAGCCCACGCGACAUGUGGUGGGCGUGGAGCAGCCAGGCACUCACAACAUUCGCCUCAGUCUGGGCAGCGGACAGGCUUUGUCACCGGUGGCCCCGACGCCGGGUCAUGUGACGACCGGUCAGGUGGCUGUGGUCCCUCUGGUGCGCGACGGACCCGAGGCGCAUGGCACCAAUGCGCAUGUGGGCAGCAGCACCACGCCCAGGAAUACCCAGGGACGUUUCCCCAGUCGCAAUCGCGGCACAGCGCACUACAGCACCACAACGACGCAGCGAGCACGUCCGAGCACCACGCCAAGCACCACUAGCACCACCACAACCACCACUACCACACGUCCACCCUUGACCACCACCACCACCACCAGAGCAACCACAAGGAGCACCACCAGGGCGACAACGACUACGCCUCGUCCUAGUCCAAGCACCACACCUCUGGAUCCCUCCACCUUCUACAAGCUGGAUAACGAGGAGUCUUACGCUUAUACGUUGCCCCCUUGGCUGCAGGAUGUCACCGAUCCCGAUCUCGAUGUGGCCGUCACCUUUAUUGUGCCCACGGACAACGAUCAAUACAAUCACACGCUGCUCGACGAUCUGGAGCCGCCUUUUGAGCCAUUCGUUGAUCUGUCCAACAUUCAGUUGACACCGCCGCCCACCGUGAAGCCAAGCACAACCACCACGAGCACGAGCACGACAACCACCACAACUACAACUACAGCCAGACCAACAACAUCAACUACGACGACCACACGACGUCCGUCGACCAGAGCACCCAGCACCACAACAACCACGAGCACCACCUCAACAACCACAACCAAAGCACCCAUUUUUAGACCGCAAUUAAAUGCAAAUAACAUUCACACAGCUCCGGGAUUAACCACCACAACGACACCUGCACCUGUGGAUGUGAAUCCCUUCGACUCGGCCACGUUGCCACCUUGGCUGCAGGACUUUGACUAUCCCGAUGUGGGUCCUGGUGUGCCCUACAAUCCGGACAACUUUAAGGAGCCAGAGACGUCAGCUUUUGGCCAGCAACAACCGGGAGGUAGUAAGCCCACUGACUUUCAGCCACAUGGCUUUGCCAGCAGCAGCAGUAGCAAGUCUUCAUCCACAACUGCCGCAUCGACAGCAGCAACAACAGCAACAACAGCAACUAGUACUAUUGCACCUGCUGUUGGCGUUGUUGCCUCCGCUUUUCCAUCCAAAGUCACGCUUACGCUUCCAGGCAACGUUGAUGUUGAUGAUGCGACUGGGGCCACUGAUGAGCCACAGCUGGUGCUGAUACCACCCGCUGGCGAUGAAGCAUCAUCAACCACAACUACAACUAACAACCAAAACAGCGACAACAGCAACCAGAAUCCUACUACAAACUCUAUCACGCAUUUUGCAGCCCGCUUCGAUGCCCCCGCUCCAGCUCCAGCUCCAGCUCCCGCCUCCAACUCUAUUUCUGGCCAGGAUUUCCAGCCACAGACGCAGUUCGGCAGCAACCUCAACGCCAAUGACAACCAGAAAGUCGAGUAUACCAAGAGCGACGAAGGCAAGGUCAUCAGCACGCCAGUGAAUACAGUGCGCAAAGAUGGUCAAGGCACUUUCCCUGCUGCUCCUGCUCCAGCUCCGGCGCCCUCCAACAACGCAGGCAAAUAUACCGGAGGAUUCGGAGCACCUGCGGGUCUGUUGCGUCCACUGAAUGCUGGCAAGCCAGACAUCUACGUGGCUGGCAAUGAGCAUGACUUCGCGGCGAAGGCGAAUCGAGCUCGUCCAACUGCACCGACGCCAGCUCCAGGUCGUUAUACAGGCGGCUUUGGCGCUCCCAGCGGUGUGCUGAGUCCACAGAAUGCGCCCAGACCCUUCCAGCAAGCGCAGCCACAACAACCACAACAGCCACAGCAACAGCAACACCAUCAACAGCCACAGCAACUGGCUGGCGCUGCCUCGAGCCAUCAACUGAAUCGCUUUGGCGGUCCACCCGGUGUCCUGGUGCCCUUCGACAAUGUCCAGCGUGCUCCACAGCAGUAGACAGUAGAGAGCAGCAGCAAGAACAAGUUACUGCAGCAACUACUCGUAUUUUAAAUUAUUUAUUAAGCAUGCUUGUACUUAUGUUAAAGUUUUCUAAGUUGGCAUCGUGGUUGAAGUCGCUAUUGUCGUCUCUGUACACGAAUUUGAACGAAACGACUUAAUAUAACUUGCCUCAAUAUUUAAAUUGGUUUCACACACACUCAAACACGAUUAAGAUAUAUACGAUGCGAUGUACAUAUCAUGUCAAAUGUUAUACACGAAAUAAACUUUUUUAAAAACAA